AUGCAAAAACGUCAUUCAGGUUCCUCCCACACAACAACCGAUUUGACAUCGUUCCCCUCGCUUUCACCGCCAGACAAAUCCUCCACCAUCGCCUGCGGCCUGGCAAAUGCAUUGUUUUCCGAAGAUGGAACGGAAUCAAAUGGAGGCGGGACUGGCCGAGGGCGGAAGGCUACGCUAGCAAAUUUGACGACUGGGCCGUCGCACAAAUCAGGCCGAGCUGCCCUCUUCGCCGAUUCCGUCCCGACACACGAUAUCCCAGGCGCCCUGCAUUUGGCCGAUGAUGCGCACAUUGAGAGGCUGGUUGCUGGGACAGGAGCGGUGAAGAUGGUGAGGCAGUUCGCUCGCGAUCUGGCUCAACGGGACGCAGAGAUCUCGGCCCUCCGCCAACGGGCCGAUGCAAGGGAGAGGGAGCUGAAGAGAAUGCUGCGAGAUGUGUCUGUGUCUAAUCAAGACAUUGAACGCCGUCUAUAUCAGCUGGAGAACCCGCAAGGGGAUCGUGCCUCGGAUGCAGAAAGCACCCAUAGCAGCGAUCAUGCUGGCCAAACCUACUCCGGCUUGAAUGGAUUGAUGUCUCAAGCUAUGGAAGACACCGUUGGCUCUCGGCCUCAAGGGGACUCAGCAGAAACCCAGGCCACGAUUCGGGCGCAGCGAUUAGACAAUGAUUCCCGAGGCAGCGGAGCCACUGAUAACCGAAGGCGUCAAAGCUCGAUUCGGGGCUGGCAGGAAUACCUUUUUGGAUCGACUAAUACAAGCCGGAAAACUAGUCGCGCUAGUAGCAUUAUGAGUGAUGUUGGUGAACUUGGAGAAGAAGAGGCCGAGCGCCUCCGAGUGCCCAGCAAUCCUGCAAUGCGCCGCAAAGCGAUUGAUGAGCAACUAUUUCAGCCCCCGGAGGGCCUGGCACGAAACGGCCCGGCGAAGCGCAUUGCUAGCACCUCUACAAAUGGCGACGAUGCAAGCAUUCAUUCUCGCAGAUCUUCACGUUCUCUUGGCUCUUGGACUGUUAAGUUAUUCGCUGGCAAUCCUCAGUCGAGCAAAGAAGCAAGCGAUGCUGAGCCUGCCCAAAAUAGAUCCCAGCAUAAACGACCGGACGGAGACAAAAGUACUUCGUCUACACUUUCUGCCAAUUCUAAGGGUUCAAUGUCGGCGGUGGCCGCACUGAAGAGGAUAAACAGCAAUGCCAGUAUACCUACUUCUGGACGGUCUGCCAGUGGAUCGAGCAUUCAGGGCAAAAUGAGCUCUCCUGCCUUGCGACGGACUGCAACUGGCAGCGUGUCUCAGGGCGCAGCGUCGGAGCCUGCGGAUAGGGGCUCCACGAAUCUGGGACCCGUUGAGAUGGACGCCAUUUUGCCCAUGGAAUCGAAGCCUCCGACGCUCACGCCUAUUUAUAACAAUUCCCAACCGGGUGAGUUUCUUACCGACCGGUUUGGUUUCAUCUAUGAUCAACAUAGAAAGAAGCGCCAGAGAGAAGCCAGCACUACCAAAAGCAGCAUUCACCGUUUGAGUAUAGCCGAAACUCUCGGUACGCUUCGAACCGAUGCAUCAGAUCAUGAGGAUGAUCCCGAAAUCACAAAACUUCGGCAGGGCGCUUCCGAUUCACGUUCUCUACCUGACUCGCCAGAUGACCCUGACGGUGGGGCUGUUGCCAUCCGUCGCUGGCAGGACUAUCUGAAAAUCCCGUCCCGUGGCACGGAGCUAUUGUCCCACACGCCUUCCGCAGGCCCGAUUAUCUCUUUGACUACUGCAGGAGAAAAUCGCUCUCAUAGCUCAUCUGUCUCUUAUGACAAAGACGGAGCGUUGGCCGUCGGCUCCAGCGUACAACCAUCGGCGUCUACGUCGGCUAUCACGGCCGACAGCCCUGAAUUCUCUGGGUUGUCAUCAGAUCAGCUUAAAGACACAGCGUCUAGAUUUACUGUUGCAGAGAUGGAGCCCGUAAAACUGUUAUUAGAACAGUUGACUGAUCUCCACGAUACACUGCAACGUGAUCGAACCGUCAGAUGGAACGAGUUCCUUCGCAAAGUGCGUGCUGAACGCCGAAAAGAGGGCGAAGCGGCAGCCGCUGCAGCAACUUCCGAUCGAUCUCUUGCUGCUGUUGACACGCCAGAAGUCUCGCUCGCCGACGGUGAAGUUGUAGGCAUCGCAGGUCUGGGCAACAAAGGCAAGGUUGGGCGAGCGAAGUGGCGAGAAUUCCGGAUGCUCGUACUCGGCGGCAUCCCAGUUGCCCUUCGCGCUAAGACUUGGUCAGAAUGCAGCGGGGCUUCGGCAAUGCGAAUUCCUGGCUACUAUGAUGACCUUGUGCAUGGCGUUGGCGGAUCGGACCCCGACACUUCUGUUGUCGCACAAAUCGACAUGGAUAUUCGCCGUACUCUCACCGAUAAUGUCUUCUUCCGCAAAGGGCCGGGUGUGAGCAAACUGAAAGAGGUUCUGCUGGCGUACUCGCGCCGUAACCCAGAAGUAGGCUACUGUCAGGGCAUGAACCUCAUCACAGGGUCUCUGCUGCUGAUCAUGCCCACUGCUGAGGACGCAUUUUGGAUUCUGACUUCGAUGAUCGAAAUUAUUUUGCCCCAGCACUACUACGACCAUGGCUUGCUCGCCUCCCGUGCCGACCAGGUAGUCUUACGCCAGUAUAUCUCAGAGCUACUUCCCAAACUCUCCGCCCAUCUAGAAGAACUGGGCAUUGAACUAGAGGCACUCACCUUCCAAUGGUUCCUCUCUGUCUUUACAGACUGCCUCUCUGCGGAGGCACUGUAUCGUGUAUGGGACGUGGUUCUAUGUCUUAAUGUGACCAGCGCAGUCAAUGUCUCCGGGCCAAAUACCUCUAGUACUAAGGAGAGCAAUGACAAGACUGCCAAUGUUGGUGAAAAUCUUGCCUCUGGUAGUGGAGGUGGGAGCACAUUCCUGUUCCAAGUUGCUCUCGCACUGCUCAAACUCAACGAGCAGCAAUUGUUGACGACCUGCUCGACGCCGGCAGCACUCUAUACAUAUAUUAACCACCAAAUGACCAACCACGCGAUCAGUAUCGAUGGCUUGAUCCAAGCUAGUGAAGCACUGCGCAAUGUGGUCCGCCGCGAAGAUGUCGUUGCACGUCGUGCUGUUGCCCUGCAAGAAAUGCGCGAACUGAGCAGCAGUCUAGGCAUCUAG